AUGUAUCCACCCACCCUGAGAGAGAUCACAGUUGACAUGUCCAACCUCUACUCCACCCAGACCAAGGGAAAGCAACUGAACCUAAGUAUGGAUGAGCUCCUCACCUUCUAUGGGAUCCUAAUUGCAAGUGGAUACAGCUCUGUCCCAAGAAGACACAUGUACUGGUCAGUUGACAAUGAUGUGCACAAUGAGAGCAUUUCAGGUGCAAUGCGGAGAAACCGCUUUGAUGAUAUAAUGGCCUCAGUUCAUGUGGUUGACAACACAAAGAUCACUGAUGACCCAUUUUUUAAGGUUAGACCCAUCUUUUCUGAGCUCAAUCACUCAUACAAAAUCAUGCCAUUUCAGGAAUGGCUGUCAGUGGAUGAGAGCAUGAUCCCAUACUAUGGCCGACAUGGAUGUAAACAAUUCAUCAAAGGCAAACCAAUUCGCUUUGGUUACAAGGUAUGGAGCCUCGCCUCAUCCAGUGGAUACAUGUACCACAUGGAGCCAUAUUGUGGAUCGCACACUCUCCUCCCAGAGACAGGGUUGGUUCAGGGACCCAGCGUUAUCAUAGGUUUGGCAGAGCAAGCUCAGGUGCCUCAAGGUUGCAAGUUCUUCCAUAUGAACCUCUUUACCACUCUUUCACUCAUGGAUGAGAUGACAAAAAGAGGAUAUGGGAGCUCUGGAACCAUGAGACAGAACCGCCUGUUUGGUGUCCCAUUCACACCACUGAAUGCCUUCAUGAAGUUACCCAGGGGAACCUCUGAGGUUCUGUCCCAAGGAGAGAAGCUUCUGGUCCGUUGGAAAGACAAUAACAUUGUCACAGUGGCAACAAACAUGGAUGAAAAAUACACUGAGACCUCUGUCAAGAGAUGGAACAGGCAUCAACGUGGCUUUGAAAACGUCCAACAACCAAAAUGCAUCAGCCGAUACAAUGAGCACAUGGGUGGUGUAGACCUUCACGACCAACAGGUUUCACGAUACCAUAUCUCAAUCAGGUCAAAGAAGUGGUGGUGGCCCAUCUUUGCAUGGUCUAUCAACAGUGCUCUUGUAAAUGGCCAUCUCUUUUACAGAGAUGUUAUUGGAGAGACCAUUGACCUGCUCACCUUCUCACGGAUAGUCUCACAGUCUCUUCUGCAAAGGUUUGGAACGAAACCACUGAGCCAUGGAAGGAGAUCUCUACUGAGUGCUACCGUUGAAGAUCAGGCAAGAUACGACAAAGCUUCCCACUGGCCAAUUAACACGAUGCACCGGUUCCAGAGAUGUCGCCAUUGUGAGAAAAGCACUACCUAUGCAUGUGAGAAAUGCGAAGUACCACUGCACAUUGAGUGCUUCAAGCUGUACCAUCGAGUGUAG